GAUUGCGAGAGUGUAUAGGAAGUGGUGGUUAUUGGUGUCAAGUGAAUUCGAGAGAAAAAAGAUUUUUUUUAGAAAUGAUUGCGUUCUAAUUUCCAAUGUUAACCUAAAUUAUGUCAGAGUAUAAUCUAUUGUAUCUUUUCAACGAUAUGGACGGUGAAGAACUUGUUAAGAUUGUGAAUCGAUCUGAUUCUUACAAUGUGUCUAAAAAAAUUCUGUGUUCCGAGAUUCCUUAUUUCGAGAAAAUGUUCUGCUGUGACCUAAUUGAAGCUAAAUCAGCUAAGGUCACUGUGGAUCACGACGAGGAUGCUUUUCAUAAUGUUCUGGACUACGUCAUGAAUGACCAUCUCAUGUUGAACAUGGAACUCGUGAUCCCAACUCUACAUGUUGCUGAUUAUCUGAUGAUGGACAAUCUACAAGUUCUUUGUAGCCGAUAUUUUCUUGAUAAUUUUAAUAUCUGUAAACUACCAACUGUCCUUAAAUCUUUAUCUUCUGUGACUGAUGCCCCAUAUCAAUUUGGACUGAUUAACAAACAGAUAAUCAAUCAUUUCAUUAAUCGACAUUUCGACCAAAUCUCAUAUACUCAAGCCUUUCUCAACUUUUCAGCUGAAACCAUUGAAUACAUUUGUAAACUGGAUUUGAUAAUUGACUCGGAAUGUCAAGUGUUUGAUGCGAUAACCCGAUGGAUCCAAGUGAAUGAAGAUGAACGAAAAAUUUACAAAGACCAGUUGAUGAAAUGUAUCCGUUGGAAUCAUUGUAAUGAACAAGACAUGGAAAAGAUCAGGAGCAAUCAUGGUAACAUUGGCGAAGUUGAAAAGUCAAGUAACUCAAAUGAUGGAAUAAAAAAUCGAGUCAUAGUCAAGUUUCUCGUUGCAAUAUAUAAAUUAAGUGAAACUGUAAUUCAACUUCGAGCUUAUAAGAAUUCAAAUCGUUGGAUCAAUUGUGGUGAAUUCACUUUGAAAAAUGAUCUCUGUUGCAAUCUAAUAACCAAUGACAGUAUCACCGAUAUCGUUUACGGUUUUGGGACCAAAGGUAUUCGUUUAGAUUGGAAGGAGAAAAAGUUUAAAUAUCUCAACAUGUUCGGUGAUGAAAACUCGUACUAUGGACAAAUGUUCAAGUACAUUAUGGAUGAUCCAUCUUCCCUUGGCAGUGGAAAAUGGAUAACCCUUGAACCCGAUACAACUCAAUCACUAUCAUCGGAGGAAUUGAACGCCGUUGAAAUGAUACUUUACCACAAGGGUAAAUUCAACGCAAUUGGUAAACACAUAAUCUACAACACCUCGAAAUAUGGUAAACGCGUAUCUCAAACAUUUCUAGUCUAUCAAUCACCCGUUAUGGACCAAAGCCUAUUCUCAACUGACCCCGAGACUCGAUCGGCACACGCUUGUAUUAUCAACAAUUCAAUUUACAAAUUGGAUGAGUCACUUGACUUUCAAGAGUGCGAUGUGUCUAACCCAAAGAUGCGAACAUUAAAAUUUAUCGAUGAGAAAUUAUCCUUCGAAAACUUGGAAUUAUUGAAUCACAAUGAUGAUCUAAUUCUUUGUGAUAAAGACACCAAAAAAGCUUAUAAAUACAAUUCAUCUAAAAAUGAUUGGCAAUUCUUAUUUGAAAUAAGAACAGAAAAAAAAUUGAUCACAAUGGUAUCAAUUCAUCUACUUAAUUCUUAUCCUCAAACAAUUAUAUAAUCUCAAUCUAAUCUUAUUAUACAAAAAAAUAUAUUAUCUUAUUGUUCACAUUGUAACUUCAUUUACAUAAUAUUGUAUUGGAAAGAUUAGAAAUCGUUAAUCAAUUUCUAAGAUUUCUAUCAGAGUAAUUUCUUUGUAUCAAAUUAUAAAUAUAAUCAAAUGAAAUAUUAAUAAAAUUAUAAUCUAUCAUCA